UCGCAUUGACCUCUACGGAGGCGGGAAGUGAAGUACUUCCUGCUCCGGGGGAAGCGAGAGGCCAUCCGAAGAGAGGCUCGCAGUUUCUUUACAACAGGAACAGGUAAUUUUCCAGCAAAGUCAUGGGUGAUGGGAGGAUCUAUGUUGGGAACCUUCCAGCAGACGUACAGGAACGUGAUAUUGAAGAUCUUUUUUAUAAGUAUGGAAAAAUCCGGGAUAUUGAGCUGAAGAACAAUAGGGGGUCAAUCCCAUUUGCUUUUGUCCGUUUUGAGGACCCCAGGGAUGCUGAAGAUGCAGUAUAUGGAAGGAAUGGCUAUGGGUAUGGAGAUUGUAAAUUACGCGUUGAGUACCCAAGAUCAUCUGCUUACAAAUUUAAUGCUACCAUGGGUGGAGGGCCUGGAGGUCCUCGAGGCCGAUAUGGCCCACCAUCUAGGCGUUCAGAGUUUCGAGUCAUUGUAACAGGACUACCUCCCACAGGAAGCUGGCAGGAUCUGAAGGACCACAUGCGGGAAGCUGGGGACGUGUGCUUUGCAGAUGUGCAGCGUGACGGGGAGGGUGUGGUUGAGUUUCUACGCAGGGAGGACAUGGAAUAUGCUCUGCGCCGACUGGACAGGACUGAAUUUCGCUCUCACCAGGGUGAAACUGCAUACAUCAGAGUCCACGGAGAAAGAAGUUCAAGCUGGGGCCGCUCACGAUCUCGCUCUAGGUCUCGAGGGCGAUAUUCUCCCUAUCAGAGUCGAGGAUCACCGCAUUACCAGCCACCACCAGUCCGACGUCACCCUUUAUCCCCACAUAGCCCACCACCUCGGCACAUGCCCCCUCAGCGCCACAGCCCACCACCACCUCGUCAUUACCGGUAAAAACAUAGGAGCUCCAAAGGUGACAGCACAUUAGCAGCAGUUGGAUUAUCCCCCC